AUGUGUGAAACACCAACCGAUAAACACACACUUAAUUUAAUUCAUUUAUAUCAACAUAAACUGGAAAAUCCAACUUCAUCAGAAAGCGAAAUAACAGAAGAAAAUGAAUUAAAUUUUGAAAUUAAAUAUAAUAAUUCGUUUAUAUUGGAAGCAGUUUUUUGGCGUUAUAGAAGCUUUAUAGAAGAUUUUACGGUUGGUGGAAAUGAGGUUAUAACAGAUAAUGACGUUAUAGAACAUUUUGGUGAAUUACUCAAUACUUCGGGUUAUCGAGGGGAAAUUAAGAUAACUGAUAAAAUAGCUGAACGAUAUAAAGAAUUUUUACUGAACGGCCAAAAAUUGUUAAAUAUAAAGGAGCUUAAUGAGGAAAAUUUGCGUAAAAGACUUUGUUUAGUACACUCUUUUGUUACUAAAUGGGCAAAUGAUUCAAUUUUAAGCGAAAGUUUAAUGUGGAGUUCAAUCAUGAAUACGACGUUGGGAUUGCCAAUUAUUGAAGCCGAUUCGUCAAUUUUUCACCAAUUACAACCAUUUGAAAUUAAUUGCUCAAAUAAAAAACAAGUAAAAAAGAUAGCCGAACUCUAUAUUAUCGGGAAUGACCGUCUUGAACAAAUACAAGAAAUACACAGAAAAAAUAUAGAAGAAUUAAUAGGGUUGUCAGGCUCAUUUGUUGAAUUUUUGCGUGAAAGUUUAUCAAAAACCAAACUUUUUCAUUUACUUGGGCCAAGAAAUUUUGGGGAAUUUGAGACAGAAUUUGCAGAAAUUUUGGAAAUAUGUAAGGGAAUUUAAAGAUUUAUUUAUUGAGUUG